UUCUUCUGAAUAUUACACACUGUAGCUUUAAAUACGAUUCCCACCAGGUCUGCUCCUCCUGUUUACUACAGUUCCCAGAGUUCCGCGCGGUCAAGGCCACGCCCCCCGGUAGCACUUAAUGGCAGCGGUGGACUUUCCCCGGACUGUUUAUGAUACUUCUCCUGGAGGAGGAGGAGGAGGAGGAGGUGUCGUCCGCUGACAGACAGACAGAUUCCCCGAACUGCAGGACCCGAUCAUGGGGAGCACGUUGGUCCGAUGCGCCGCGACGGACCUGGGCAUCCAGUGGGCCGGCUGGGCUCUGGCCGCCGCCUUCAGAACCGAGAAGUUCUACGACUUGGCAGGAUCAGGGACUUUUAUACUACUUGCCCACCUGAGUCGCAUCUGGGGAGGAGCCAGUCACGUCCGGCAGAAGGUGCAGACCGGGUUGGUGACAGCCUGGGGACUCAGGCUGGGGACAUUCCUCUUCAUGCGGAUCUUGAAGGACGGUCACGAUCGCAGAUUCAACCAUGUCCGCGACAGCCCCGGGACUUUCUUUGUAUACUGGACUGUUCAAGCUCUGUGGGUGUUCAUGACCCUCCUGCCCACACUCAUGCUGAACAGCGAGAAGCGAGAUGUUCCCCUGGGAGCAAGGGACUACAUCGGCUGGACUAUUUGGGGCCUCGGCUUUGCCACGGAGGCGAUUGCCGACCAGCAGAAAUGGCUUUUUAAGCGCGACCCGGACAACGCCGGGAAGUUCAUCCAGAGUGGACUCUGGGCCCACAGCCGGCAUCCCAACUACCUCGGAGAGAUCCUGCAGUGGUCGGGCCUGUGGCUCUCGGCCUCGUCGACGAUGCAGGGCCCGCAGUACCUGAGCGCGGCGUCGCCGCUCUUCGUCUGGUUCCUGCUGCGUCACGUCAGCGGCAUCCCCAUCCUGGAGAAGCAGGCCAUGAAGAAGUGGGGCUCCGACGCUGCCUUUCUGAAAUACGUCAGAACAACGCCUCUCCUCUGGCCGUGGCCCAAAUUUUGAUCUCGACUGUUCCCUUAAAGCCAAAGUGAACACACUCCAGUCAUUACAUUCCCUCAAGGAAAUGUUUUGAAUCAAGUGUGUAGUUGUCAUUUACUUUUGCUGUCACUUGUGUUAUUCUUUGAGAUAAAUUUUCCAUAAUAGACUUCUGUGGAGUGACUUUAUUAAAAUCUGCAUUUGUCACCAAGA